AUGUCGGAGAUAUCGCACGCUACUAUCAAAGAUGGCUGGUUUCACGAGAUUUCUGAGAUGUGGCCUGGGCAAGCCAUGACUUUAAAAGUGAAGAAGGUCCUUCACCACGAGAUAUCAAAAUAUCAGGACAUUCUGGCCUUCGAAUCUUCCAACCAUGGCACCGUCCUAGUUCUGGAUAAUGUCAUUCAAUGCACCUCACAUGAUGAGUUCGCCUAUCAGGAGAUGAUAACGCACCUGGCUAUGAAUUCUCAUAUCAAUCCAAAGAAAGUUUUGGUCAUUGGUGGUGGUGACGGGGGCGUUCUACGAGAGGUUCUUAAGCAUGAUUGUGUUGAGGAUGUUUUUCUAUGCGAAAUCGAUGAGGCUGUUAUCCGUAUCUCCAGGACGUUCUUGCCAGACAUGUCCAUUUCGUAUGGUAACCAUAAAGUCAAGGUCAACGUCGAAGAUGGUUUCAGGUUCCUCACAGAUCGCAAAAACGAAUUCGAUGUAAUUAUAACCGAUUCCUCGGAUCCGAAAGGGCCAGCAGAGAAUUUAUUCCAGAAGCAAUAUUUUGAGCUCCUCUAUGGAGCUCUGAAGGAAGGUGGUGUUAUUACUACUCAAGGUUAG